AUGCAGACAAUUGAGAAGGCACUCCAUCAGCCGAUGCCGUUUACCACCGGCGGUCAGACGAUUUCGGAUCGGCUAACGGCGGCGAAACAUUCGUUGGCCGGCAGCCAACUCGGCAAAACGAUAUGCAAAGCAACAACUGAAGAGGUGAUGGCGCCCAAAAAAAAGCAUUUGGAUUAUUUGUUACAUUGUACCAAUGAGCCGAACGUCUCGAUUCCGUCGAUGGCGAAUUUGCUGAUCGAACGAACCCAGAAUCCGAAUUGGACUGUUGUUUAUAAAGCGCUCAUCACGAUUCAUAAUAUAAUGUGCUAUGGAAAUGAGAGAUUCUCGCAAUAUCUGGCCUCGUGCAAUACAACAUUCAAUUUGACGGCGUUUGUUGACAAGAAUGCCGCCACUGUUGGCUAUGAUAUGUCGGCGCACGUCCGCCGAUACGCCAAAUACAUUGGCGAGAAGAUUGCGACAUAUCGUGUGUGCGCUUUUGACUUUUGCAAGGUACUCGUGAAACGCGGCCGCGAGGAUGGCCUCCUUCGCACAAUGCACGCCGACAAACUGUUGAAGACGAUACCGAUUCUUCAGAAUCAAAUCGACGCGCUUCUCGAAUUCCAGGUGUCGAGCUCCGAGCUCAACAACGGCGUCAUCAAUUGCUCGUUCAUUUUGCUGUUUCGCGAUCUCAUUCGCUUAUUCGCUUGCUACAACGACGGCAUAAUCAAUGUGCUCGAGAAGUAUUUCGAGAUGAACAAAAAGCAAUGCCGCGAGGCGCUCGACAUCUACAAAUCGUUUUUGACGCGUCUCGACAAAGUCGCCGAAUUCCUCCGCAUUGCCGAGAGCGUCGGCAUCGAUCGCGGCGAGAUUCCGGAUUUGACGCGCGCGCCGGCGAGCCUUCUCGAAGCGCUCGAGGCGCAUCUCGUGCAACUCGAAGGCGGCCGAGCGCCGGCGCCAUCGCAACACCAUCAUCAACACGUUCAGCAGCAGAUGAACACGUUCGCCGUCUCGCAAGCGACGCUGAUGGGCGAAGCCGAACGUCAGCGAUACAUCGAAAUGGAGCAGGAGCGCAUUCGGCAAUACGAGAAUGAGAAGAAGAUCUCGGCGGGCAAUCCGUUCCAGAACGACAUUGCGGCUGCGGCGGCCUCAUCGGGCGCCGCGCAGCCGCCGCCGCCAGCGACCACGGCUGCCGAUUUGCUAGAUCUAUUCCAGACGAACACCACGACUCAGGCGGCGCCGACAGCGGAUCCGACGAACCCGUUCGCUUCGUUUAGCGCCACCGCGCCAACAACCUAUCCAACUACACAAGCGCCGAAUGCUUUCGGAAUGCAGCAAACGCAGCCGGCUCAGCAGCCAUUCUACGGAAACAUUCCUGCCAAUGAGCCUGAGAAUCCGUUCGCGUCGGCGGUAGCGGCUGCAAUUCAUCAAGCGCCGCCGGUUCCGCCGCCGCCGUCAUCGGCGGCGAUUGCCGCCCACCAUACGCCAACUCCGCCGAUCAAUCCGUUUGCGGACGCCGCCGCUCAAUCGGCUCAACCGUUUGGAGGCCCCGAUCCAGGAUUCGGAAUGCCCACGACGAAUCCGGACGAAUUGGCGCGAAUGACGGCUCAAAUGACGAUCGGCACUCAACCGCAGGCUUGGGGAAAUGCGACGGCGGCGUCGAGCAAUCCGUUUGGCGGUGCGGCGCCGCAGGCGAUGUACACGGCGCCGAUGGGUGCCUACCCGGGACAAGCGGGAAUGCCCGGCUAUCCGCCGAUGUGGAACCCGCAAAUGGGUUAUGGACAGCAGUAUCCAUUCGCGCAGCCCGGACACUUGCCCUAUCAGCAGCAGCAGCAGACGGUGGCCAUGGUGAAUCAAGUCGCCGCGGCGAAGCAGCACGCCCAACAGCAAGCGGCACACGCGGCUGCCACUGAUCCAUUCGCGACAUAA